AGUAUGUAUACUUCAAUAACCUUUUAAUCCCAAUAUCCCAUGCCAAAUUUUAUUUCAGUCGUUUUCACUUCUCCAUCCGAGUAAUAAACACGCAACCUACUCAACCACAUCUUCUUCAUCCUCCCACCUCCCUUCUCUCUCUCAACCUUUCUUUUCCUCUCCUCUUUUCGAACCAUGUUUUGAUGCCAAGUAUUCAGUGCAUCGAUACGUGCCAAAGCCAUAGUUGAUUCCUCUCUAUCUAUAAACCCUCUCUCUCUCUCUCUCUCUCUCUCUCUCUGUGGAAAUAUUUUUAAACAAAGACCAAGAAACCAGACAUCAUCGUCCUCUGUACUGCUUGCCACUUACUCGUUUUGAAAAGCUAAGAAUAUUAGUUGUCUUAGGAAGGAGUCCAACAUGAAAGAAGGGCAACACAGCCACCAAAAGAGACUCAUCUCGGUGGCCUUAAAACUUGCAAAACCAGCGGCGUACUUUACUCUCCUCUUGCUAACCUACACCGUGGGUUACCUAUCCGCCCCUUCCUCCACCUCGCUCCCCUCCACCCCAAUCCCCACCAUCGACGAACUCACCAACCUGCCCUCCCAACUCGACAACUUUCGAGUCACGUCUCAUUGCGCCGACCCGCUCCCCUCCGAACUCGUCCGCCAAACUAUUCUUCAACGAGUCUACAACGGGACCUCGCCCUUCGAGGCGUUCCCCCCAGCGCACGUUAGCUCCCUCCUGCGCCGCCAGAGAAUCAAAGGGUGGGGCUCAACCGGUGCCGUUUUCGAGCACCUAAUCAAAAAAGUCAAGCCCCGCACCAUCAUUGAGGUGGGCACGUUUCUAGGCGCGUCGACAAUUCACAUGGCCGGUUUGACUAGCGAACUCGGCCUCGACACCCAGAUCCUCUGCAUCGAUGAUUUCCGCGGCUGGCCGGGGUUCAGGGACCGGUUCAAGGAUAUUCAGAUGAUAAACGGCGAGGUUUUGUUGAUGUACCAAUUCAUGCAGAACUUGGUUUCCAAAAACGCGAGCGAGUCGGUUAUACCCGUGCCGUUUUCGAGCGGGUCGGCUCUCGACAUGCUUUGCGACUUGGGCGUGUAUGGUGAUUUGAUCGAGGUUGAUGCGGGUCAUGACUUUUUGUCGGCGUGGUCUGAUAUAAAUCGGGCGUACCGGGUUUUAAGACCUGGUGGGGUAAUUUUUGGCCACGAUUAUUUUACCUCAGCUGAUGACAGGGGAGUUAGGAGGGCAGUAAAUUUGUUUGCUCGAAUUCACGGCCUCAAAAUCAAACUGGAUGGGCAACAUUGGGUCAUUGAUUCCACUUAGCUCCUGCGCGUACGUGGAACUUCAAACUUUUACCUCCACUAUUUUACAAUAUUGAUUUGAUAGUCUCAAUUAAUUUUUAAAUUAAUUUAUAUAUAUAUUUAAAAAUUAAUUGAGACUAUAUAUCAAAAUUAUAAAAUAAUUAUGAAAUAAAAAUAUAAUUUUUAUUA